AUGGAGAAUAGUUUACCCAAAUUGUCCCUUGAGCCUCGAAUAGGUUCAGCUCCGUUCGAUGUAAACGAACCCGAUGGGUCUGAAGAAUAUAAGCCUGCAUCACAUAAUGAAAUUGCAAUUGGAAUUGAUGUUAUGAAUCUAAUAUUAGCUGAACAUAAGACAAAUUUUAUUCCUAACAAUCCGUAUCCGGUUGCUCCCGGUUUGAUCUCUCAUGAUUAUCCUUUCUAUCCCCAACCCACUAAAGAUUCUCAAGUUCAAGAUAUUAAAUUGAUGUUGGGAAUGAAACGAAUGGCACAAAUAUUAAGAUCACCCGAUGAAAAACAAGUGGCGGUAUCAUUACCUCAAAGAGCUAAGAAGGCAGUCAAACUACGGUUACAACAAAGAUCAAACAGUGCACCUUCUGUUCAAGAGAAUUCUUCCGAAGGUUCAAACAUUCACCAACAACUUAUUACCGCUCAAAAAGCUAUUUUUGAAAACGAGUUAUUUGAUCAGGCCAAUAUUGACACUAUCGAAGAGGCCCCAUCUGCAGAUGAUGUUUGGACUUCAGAAACAGAUAAUUUUGAUAUGACAAUUUCUCCAGAGCCAUCUGCAUCAUUUACAUAUAAGUUGACAGUAAAAAUUGAUGCUUUUGAAAUAACUCAAGGACCCGAAUUAGUUAUUGGUGGUAUCAAUAAUGAAGGAAAACAUAUUAGAAAAGA